UGUACGUCAUGACGUAAUAUUACGUAAACUCGUGUCACCUCUCGCGAGAACGAGCGAGACCUAAUUUUGAAAACAGGCGGUUGUUGUGCUGUGAGAGGAAAACUGGAUAGAGGGAAAGAUGACUGCAGACAAUGAAUUAGACAUCAAAGAGGCGUUCCAGCGCGCUCAGAAAGGCCAUAUUAACAAGGCAAAGAUGGUGGCAAGCCUGAAGAGCAGAUACACUAAGCUUGAGGACAAGACACUUUUCCAUGAAGAGUUUGUCCACUACAUGAAGUAUGCCAUGAUUGUCUACAAGCGGGAGCCUACAGUUGAAAAUGUCAUCGAGUUUGUUGCAAGGUUUGCCACAAGUUUCCAGUCUCCACCUAAAACAGAGGAGGAGGAGCAGGAGGAUGGAGAGGAAGAAGAAGAAGAAGUUGAGGACGAUCAUCCAUUUCUGAGUUUCAUUUUUAACUUCUUGUUGGAGUCUCAUAAAGCCAAUAGCCAUGCAGUGCGUUUCCGUGUGUGCCAGCUAAUCAACAAGUUGCUGGGCAGUAUGGCAGAGAAUGCCCAAAUAGAUGAUGACCUCUUUGACCAAAUCCACCAAGCCAUGCUGAUUCGCGUCACUGACAAGUUCCCCAAUGUGAGGAUUCAGGCUGCUUUGGCCAUGACGCGCCUGCAACAGCCAAAAGAUCCUGACUGUCCAACCAUCAAUGCUUACAUGUUGAUUCUGGACAACGAUAGCAAUGCUGAGGUGAGACGUGCCGUUCUCUCUUGCAUUGCCAUGUCCCCUCGCACCCUCCCUAAAGUCCUCAAACGCACCAGAGACAUCAAAGAGAACGUCCGCAAGCUGGCCUAUCAGGUUCUGUCCGACAAAGUUCACAUCAAAGCUUUGACCAUCGCACAAAGAGUUGGUCUACUGCAGCAGGGUCUCCGUGACACCUCAGAAGCUGUGAGGGACGUGGUUUGUUCCCGUCUGCUGCCCUCCUGGCUGCUUCGGCUGGAUGGUAACGUCAUAGAGAUGCUCCACAGGCUAGAUGUGGAGAACUGUGCCCACACAGCUCUGGACACACUCAAAGCCAUUUUUAAGGGCACACCGACGGAAGAGCUGCUGCAGAACAGAGUGCAGCUGGACAACAGGAAGCUGAUCCCACUGGACUCUCUAACCUGUGAGACUGUGCUUUACUGGAGAGCUCUGUGUGAGUUUAUCAAGGCCAAAGGCGAUGAUGCUGAUGAAAUGCUGGAGCAAGUGUUGCCAGAUGCAGCAACUUAUGCGGACUACCUCUACGGCUUUCUGAAGUCACUGCCCAUGCUGUCAGAGGAACAGAGAGCUGACUUUAACCAGCUGGAGCUUGUCAUGACCAAGGAGUUCAUCUCGCAACAGCUCAUCCAUCUCAUCGGAUGUCUGGACACCAAUGAGGAGGGUGGCAGGAAGAGAGUGUUGGCCGUCCUGCAGGAGAUGUUGGGUCUUCCACAGACUCCCUCCUCUCUGGUCUCUCUUCUCACUGAGAAACUCCUUACCCUCAUUCCAGACGACCACAGGCGCAUACAGACUGUUGCAGAGAUCAUCUCAGAUGUGAGGGAGCCAAUCAUGGAGGCCAGUGUGCAUGUGGAUGAGAACGAGAGCCGUCGGCAGCAGGUCCAGCUUGCAGAGGUGAAGGUGCGUAUCAUGGAGGCUAAACAAACCCUGGAGGAUUGUAUUGCCGCCCAGGAGUUCAGCCGUGCUGCAGAGCUGAAGGACUCCAUCACAGAGCUGGAGAACCGCAGGAACAACAUAAUCCAGGAAAUCGUAGCUAGCAGCCAGCCAACUGAUAAGGACAUCCGCACUGAGAAGAAUGACCCAGAGACUCUUCUGAGGUGUCUCACAAUGUGUGCAGAGCUGUUGAAGCAAAUGAACAUCAAAACGAGGAUUGGUCCAACAAUAAGUGCUCUCAUGUCCUCUCUGAUCUUGCCCAGUAUAGCAAGUGCUCAUCCAGCUGUCCGUAACACAGCCGUUGUGUGUUUGGGAACAUGCACUCUGCACAGCAAGGAGCUGGCUAAAACCCACAUGGUCUUGCUGCUACAGAUUGCCCAGCUGGAUGAGAUAAAGAUCCGUAUCAGUGCUCUGCGGGCAAUCAUCGACCUGCUGCUGCUGUUCGGGUUCCAGCUGCUCUCUGAGACAGCUGCCACUCAGACAGCCCCACCCUCCCAAUCCCCAGAGAGACAGGAAGAGGAUGCACCUAUGCCUGAGGAGAAAGGAGAUAUCCCAGAGGACACUGCACAAAGUAUACUUGUGAUGCUCUCAGAGUUCCUGGACAGUGAGGUGUCCGAUCUGCGUACUGAGACGGCAGAGGGUCUUGCCAAACUCAUGUACACUGGCCGAAUCUCCAGUGCCAAGAUGUUCUCCCGUCUGGUGCUGCUGUGGUACAAUCCUGUCACCGAGGAUGACACUCGACUGCGGCACUGCCUGGGCGUCUUCUUCCAGCUCUAUGCCCGCGAGAGCAGGGCGCACCAGGAGGUCGUAGAAGAGAGUUUCCUACUGACUGUUCGGACUCUGAUGAAUGCCCCAGCCACCUCUCCUCUCGCUGAGGUGGAUAUUAGCAAUGUGGUCGAGCUGCUUGUGGAGCUGACCCGUCCAAGUGCGCUCAUUAAGCCCUCAACCAAUACAGAGGAGGUGUGUGUCCAUGACUAUUUGGCUGUGCGUCUGUGUGGGGAGAUGCUGAAGGACCCCACAGCCCCUGAGGUGCGUCUCUAUGCCAAGACUAUCAGCAACCUGGAGCUCAGCCGAGAUGAGACAGUCAGAAAAGACCUGCAGACGCUUCUGCAGCAGCUUGUACAGGUGGUAAAGGAUCGGGUCUGUCUGCGUGCUCUGGAGAAGAUGGUGCAUCAGCUCGUUGAUGCCAAAGAACAGGCAGAGCUCCUGAGCGCCAGUGCAUUGAAACCUCUGGAUGUCAAUGCAGAUGAGGCUGCAACAGACGAUCCAUCAAAAUCUACCAAGAGAGCCAAAAGAGGUCAGAGGAAAGUCGGCACAGCCAAAGGGAGCAGAAAAUUGAGCAGGAGGGCAGAGUCAUCAGAGGAGAGUGAUGAAGAAAAUGUUCCUGAGUCCCUUUCUGUUGUGCGUUCCUCUCGACGGGCAAAGACUGCCGCUCUGGAGAAAACAAAGAUGGACCUCAACACCCUAAUCAACCAAGAGGCGCAGAUCUCAUAAAAGUUAGAAAGAAUCCAUGUAGUACAAAAAUGGUUGCCAAAUAGUCCUGUCUUUUAUUGAUAUAUACUUUGUAACGCUUUCUUUCUGUAAACUUCACUUAUCUGUACAUUUCUGACUGUGAUUUUAAUCCUUUAUAUUGUCUCUUUAAAAAAAAAAAUGUAGUCAUUUUCUCAACUGUUGUCGAUCUUUCAUCUUUUUACGUCUGAUGCUUUUAAUCAAAGUUAAACGUUUCAAUAAAACUUCACACAUUU